AUGAAGGGAUGGCAGUUGCAUCUCCCCGCAACUGACGUACACAAAGCCUUGCUUCCCAACUGGACUCGACUGCACUUUCGAGCUCGCCUCAACUCGUCUCACAACCGCCCCAGUGGCACUCGAACCCGGUCUGUUGCGGUGCAGCAAACACACACUCGACAUGUUGACCACUGCCACGAUCACAUUUCGCUAAUGGGAAUGUCGAUGGAGCAAAGAGAGGGAUUUUCUGUCACGACCGACUGCAUUACUUAUAUUCAGUUUGAGUAG